AUGAGAACAUUAUUAUUGGUUUCGACCUUUACGGCCUUCUUAAAUUCAAUUUUAUUUCCAUAUUUUGUGCAGUCAAUUGAAAAUGAACUCAACCUUUUGGUCAUGGCAAAAUACAUAGAUGUUCCGACACUAUCUAGACUGUUUGCUUUUAAAAACUUCCUGUCCAGUGAAGAUUAUGAAUUGCAGCCGAAGUUUCGUAGAGGCUGGAUUUACAAGUCAAAAUUGGUGGAACAGUGGGCCAGAAGGUUAGGAAUGUAUGGGUAUGGAAUCGCAGUAAUGAACUCACGCGGUGAUGGGAAUUGUAUGUUCUAUACAAUUCGAACAAUAUUCCAUCUUAAUAAUAUAACCAACGACGACCUGUUAGCAUACCUAAAUCCAGACCUUAAGCCAGCAGUCAUGGUUGCAAUAAGAGGACUCCUAGAGGGAGAUGAGCUCAUUUCUGUUCUGGACCUAAAAAGAAUUUGCAACAUAUCGUGGAUGGGUUUCGAUCCUUUUGAUCCAGAAUCUUUCAGUAUGGCAGACUUUGACCUUUUAAAUGAAAAACUCGAGAACUUGAGUCUAAUACAAAUGGCAUUGCAAGAUAAAGAAGGGAAUAUGGGUGUUGAGGGGGGAAUGAUGGUAGCAGGGCUAAAUAUAACUGAGUUCAAUAGACGGAUGAACACUGAAAGCGACAAGCUUAAGGUCGCUAGAGAUCUAUUUGAAGCAAUGGAAGCAAAACUGAAGGAUAGGCAUGGAGAUCAUUUGGACUCAAGGGAGUUGGAAUUUGCAUUUCAAAUGAAGAUGUUAUUAUUUAAUAAAGAAAAGACAGAAAUCAACUGUAUGACAAAACAUUACGAUUACAACCCGAAAUUUGCAAUUACGCUUUAUUAUUCAGACAACUCACACUACGACGUUGCGGGAAUUUACAAAUUAGGAACGACAGAUAAAAACAAAAUAAAGACUCUUUUUAAAAUCAACGAGAUUCCGAUACCAAUUAUCAUGUUUAUUUCAGAUGAUUGUAGUUCAGAGUAA